AUGGAUCCAACUGAUCGAUCUCCCUCGGAAGAGGACCAACAUGCAGGUGAAGAACAACAUGCAGGUGAAGACAGAAACCGUCGUACGGCUUCUCAGUCUCCUCCUCCCAUCCCGAGAACCCAGCAGCAGAUGGAUGACGGACCACCACCAGACGUCAGCGGUCGCAAGACGGAUGGAUCGAACGACGAAAAAAAGAAGCAACAAGACAAGGAGCUUGCAGAACGGCUUUCUGGCCUCAUUGAAGACGCCAACUCACGCCUUCGUCCACUCUGCAAGAUGAUUCGUUCUCAUAUUGAAAAUAUGGAAGCCCGUAAAGAAGAAGACCGCGACGAAGAUGAACUUGUCAAACAAGUCAAGCCUCUUCUAACUCAGGCUGAGCAAAUCCUCAAUGAGACGAAUGGAAAUAUCAAGGGUGCAGACCCGGGCAAUCGUCUUUCCAGGAAAGCACAAAAUCAUCAACAGGCUAGUUCAGCUACACCUGAGGAACAGCGACUUGCUUCUGCCGUCAAAGUCCUCGCGGAGGAAAUGGGUGGGACCAUUGAAUGGGCAAAAGGCAAGCUUGACGCCUUCCCAAAGGCCAAAAAAGACCUUGGACCUCUUCUGGACGCCCUAGGCGCUCCCUUAACUCAAAUCAUAUCGGGCGUCUGUCUUCUCCUCACCGGUGUCCUAAAUCUUGUAGCAAAGCUCCUGAGUGGGCUGGGAUUGGACAGCUUGCUCAAUGGAAUCGCUUCAGCUCUUGGACUCAAACAACUCUACUGUGGUCUCGGGUUGGACAAGAUGAUGGGUGGCAAGUAG